CGACAUUUGCGAGAAGUCAUGGCAACAGCAAGUAGUACAGCACCGUUAUUUUCGAGAUACCAUCCGAUGAUUCCAAAAUGCUACGUUCCUCCGUGGCAGUUGGACAUGAACAACAGGCGCUUCAUCAUUGAGAACUGUAACUUCUCUGGAUUAGAGAACUGGAAAGGACACGUCACGAUGUUCUUGGAUUCUAGAGAGAGGUUGGGUGAAACAGUGGUAGUCAAACAGAAACGCAUACCAAGGCGCCUGUGGCAUUUCCGAGCAUCUGCUUUGUCCAAGUACAACAGCAGUUUGAUGGCCAGGAGAUCGGCCACUGACUGAUAAGAGAAUCCGAUCUCAACUACAAGAGCUGCGUGAUUCAGCAAUUGAGAGUCGACACUGUACUGGUAUUGAAAAUGAAAUGGUACUAUGUUUCUAGCCGGAUCAAUCUUGACAGUAUUUUAUGAUAUUAUCCAAUACCUAUUUUAGAAUCACAGAUAAAAACACUCCGAUGCCAUUCUAUUGUUGUUGA